CGCUCGCGGGCCGCGGCGUUUCUGCGUUUGGUUCCGUCGCGGCGAGCGCCGCGCGGCCGUAGCCCGGGCCGUUUCUUAGGUUCCGGGCGGUUUCGCGCCGGCGCGUCUUGGCGCGAGGCGGCCGCCGCCGUAUGUUAUCAACGCUGGCGCGUGCCUCUGGUGCGGGCGCCGACUCGGUGAUGUCCGUGGGCUUCUCGUCGUCGGCCAUCUUCGAUGAUUAGGUCUUGGGCUUUGGAUAGCUGGAGCUGGAGCAGUCAACUGUCCGCGCUUGUAAUUUUGAGCCGUGCGCUGGAUCGCUGGGAGCUAGAUCCUUCAAAUCUGUUCCCGAGGCCUGCCCUUCUGCUAAGGCGGGACCGGUACAAAGACAAAAUGGCAGCGUUUGCCCGCCCAACCCGCGCGAAAAGACAAGGCGCCGACUAGAGCCCUGCAUUGGUCCAGCAGUCCAGCACCUCCUGCUGGACCGGUGCUUGGAGUUGUCGGAGGUAAAGCUGUAGUCGACUCGACAUGCGAUUGCCGAGCACUGCCGGUCUCCAGACUGGACCGCCGGGUCAACAUGAUCCCUCUGUAGCUGCGCGUCGCGCUAUAAAGUACCGCAGUGUUGGUACCGCCCGUGGCCGGUUUUGAAGUACUGCCGUGCAUCAGAGGCCGAGACCAAACAUUCCGGCUAGAAUCAGCCUGAACCCCAAUCGACGCGCCCGCAAUUGCAAGCUAUAGACUUGCUACGAUGCGCCGCGUCGCCUCCGGCGCGAGCGUGGCCCCGCUGGCCGCGCAGCUGAGCCCCGUGCUCUCCGUCGCGGCGCGCGAGGGUCCGUACGCGUUUAAGUUCGAGGGCCUGACGCUUUGGCUUGUACCGCGCCCGCGUCCUUGCCGUCUUCGUCCUCGAGGCCGCCGCCGCCGCGCCGCCGCCGGUCGAAACCGCGCGAAACGCGCGUUACAGACGCGAGAUUCCGUCGCGAUGCGGUGACAUCAUCGCGCGCGCAGGUCACGAAGAACGCCGACAUAAAAGCGACCAUCGACGCCAUGAACCCGAACUGCCCGCGCUACCAGGCCCACGCUACAUUACAUUAUAACAUGGGCUCGGACGAGAAACAAGCCCGAGCAAAGUUCACGGAGUUAAGAGAGCAGCUCCAGUCGCAAGGCCAAGGGCCGUUAGACCUCAAGUGCGCGGGCCCGCCGGAGUACUGGGGCGACCACGCGCCCUACGACAUGCGGGCCAUCGGCCUGACGCAUCACCGAACGCAAGAACUCGACGCGCUCCACGCCCAGGCUGCGGCCGUAUUCGGGCUGGACUACGAGGAGCCGACGCCCCACACGUCUUUAGUGUACGACUGGAUCGGGUCGCCGGCCGUGAACCAAGGCGUUGUGGAUGAAAUUCGCGAAAAGUGGCCGGCGCUCGGCGGGUCCGUGCGCUUCGACGGCUUGGCCCUGGUAGAUAUGAGGGACGCGGACGUGGGCGAGUGGAAGAUCCUGGACCGCAUGGACUUCGCCGAAGAAGAACAGUACGAGGAAGACGACCUGGAGACGGUCGCCACCGCCUGAGACGGCUAUUGUGUAAGAUAGAAGCAUUA